AUGGAGAACGAGCUGCCAGUCCCCCAGACGUCCAGCAGCGCCGGCAGUGCCUGCUACGGCAGCAGCAGCGGUGGGAGUGGCCGGCCCUCGGGGCCCCAGAUCUCCGUGUACAGCGGCAUCCCCGACCGGCAGACCGUGCAGGUGAUUCAGCAGGCGCUGCACAGGCCGCCCAGCACAGCGGCCCAGUACCUGCAGCAGAUGUAUGCGGCCCAGCAGCAGCACCUCAUGCUACAGACGGCCGCGCUCCAGCAGCAGCACCUCAGCAGCGCCCAGCUCCAGAGCCUGGCGGCCGUGCAGCAGGCAAGCCUGGUGGCCAACAGACAAGGGAGCACGUCAGGCAGCAGUGUGUCUGCGCAGGCCCCAGCCCAGUCAUCCUCGAUCAAUCUGGCAGCCUCCCCAGCAGCAGCCCAGCUCAUCAACCGGGCGCAGAGCGUCAACUCGGCAACAGCCUCAGGCAUCGCCCAGCAGGCUGUGCUCUUGGGCAACACGUCUUCUCCGGCCCUGACUGCAAGCCAAGCACAGAUGUACCUAAGGGCACAGAUGCUCAUCUUCACGCCCACGGCCACCGUCGCUACUGUGCAGCCUGAGCUCGGCACUGGCUCCCCCGCCCGGCCCCCCACCCCCGCCCAGGUACAGAACUUGACCCUCCGAACACAGCAACAACCAACUGCAGCAGCCUCGGGCCCUACCCCCACUCAGCCUGUCCUGCCCAGCUUGGCCCUGAAACCCACGCCGGGUGGUAGCCAGCCUCUGCCCACCCCAUCACAGGGCAGAAACACCGCUCAGGGUUCCCCCGCAGGUGCCAAGCCUGGCAUAACUGACAGCGUGAUGGAGCCGCUCAGGAAAGGAGAUGCUAACAGCAGCGUACCGGGGAGCAUGGAGGGCCGGGCUGGGCUCAGCCGGAUGGCGCCCGCUGUGGCCACCCAUCCCCUCGUCGCACCAGCCUAUGCUCAGCUGCAACCGCACCAGCUCCUCUCGCAGCCGCCCUCAAAGCACCUGCAGCCCCAGUUUGUGCUCCAGCAGCAGCCCCAGCCGCCAGCACCGCCGCCACCGCCGCAGGCCCGGCCAGCGCUCCAAGCCCAGCCCCACCCCCAGCCUGCCUCGGUCCCUCCCAGCCUGACCCUGCAGCCCAGCCCCGAAGCCCACGCCAUGCCCCUAGGCCCAGUUACACCCGCCCUGCCUCUCCAGUGCCCCACGACCAGUCUGCACAAGGCUGGCGGCACCCAGCAGUGUCACCCUCCCACGCCAGACGCUGGGCCUCAUAAUGGAUACCCUGAGGGCCUGGCCCACACCCCUCAGCGCAGGUUCCAGCACGCUUCGGCUGUCAUCCUACAACUGCAGCCCGCCUCACCACCCCAGCAGUGUGCCGAGGAUGACUGGAAGGAAGCAGUACCUGGGGAGAAGAGUGUGCCCGAGACUCGGUCUGGCCCAUCACCCCACCAACAGGCCAUCAUCACUGCCAUGCCUGGAGGCCUGCCCGUCCCCAAGAGCCCUAACGUCCAGCAGCCCCCAGCUCACGAGACAGGGCAGGGCAUUGUUCAUGCACUGACCGACCUCAGCAGCCCCGGCAUGACCUCAGGGAACGGAAAUUCUGCCUCCAGCAUCACCGGCACUGCCCCCCAGAAUGGUGAGAAUAAACCACCACAGGCCAUUGUGAAACCCCAAAUCCUGACGCAUGUUAUCGAAGGGUUUGUGAUCCAGGAGGGGGCGGAGCCUUUCCCGGUGGGACGCUCGUCCCUGCUGGUGGGGAAUCUCAAGAAGAAGUAUGCACAGGGGUUCUUGCCUGAGAAACUUCCACAGCAGGAUCAUACCACCACCACUGACUCUGAGAUGGAGGAGCCCUAUCUGCAAGAAUCCAAAGAGGAGGGUACUCCCCUCAAGCUCAAGUGUGAGCUCUGUGGCCGGGUGGACUUUGCCUACAAGUUCAAGCGUUCCAAGCGCUUCUGUUCCAUGGCGUGUGCAAAGAGGUACAACGUGGGGUGCACCAAACGAGUGGGGCUUUUCCACUCGGACCGGAGCAAGCUGCAGAAGGCAGGAGCCACGACCCACAACCGCCGUCGGGCCAGCAAAGCCAGCCUGCCCACACUUACGAAGGACACCAAGAAGCAGCCGGCGGGCACCGUGCCCCUUUCGGUCACGGCUGCGUUGCAGCUGACGCACAGCCAGGAGGACUCCAGCCGUUGCUCAGAUAACUCAAGCUACGAGGAGCCCUUGUCGCCCCUCUCGGCCAGCUCGUCCACCUCCCGCCGGCGACAGGGCCAGCGGGACCUGGAGCUCCCGGACAUGCACAUGCGGGACCUGGUGGGCAUGGGACACCACUUCCUGCCAAGCGAGCCCACCAAGUGGAACGUGGAAGACGUCUAUGAAUUCAUCCGCUCCCUGCCAGGCUGCCAGGAAAUAGCAGAGGAGUUCCGUGCCCAGGAGAUCGACGGGCAAGCCCUGCUGCUGCUCAAGGAGGACCACCUGAUGAGCGCUAUGAACAUCAAGCUGGGGCCUGCCCUGAAGAUCUAUGCUCGCAUCAGCAUGCUCAAGGACUCCUAGGGCUGGCGGGCGCAGCCAGGGUUCUGGCCCGGGGCUCCUCCUCCCGACUGAGCAGAGCCAGACAGACAUUCCUGAGGGGCCCAGAAAUGGGGCCAGUCGGAGGGAAGG